UUGAACAAGAAAGAAUAGCAAAUAGCCUAAUAAGCAAAACCCCUCUCUCUUCCCUUCACAAACCACAGUCAGUAUCAGUAGUCUCAGAAAGCAAGCAAAACCCAGUUCCUCUCUUUUUGCAGUGAUUUCAUCGAAUCGAAUCCACCAUGUUUCUCACAAGGACUGAGUAUGACCGAGGAGUCAACACCUUUUCCCCUGAAGGCCGUUUGUUUCAGGUUGAAUAUGCAAUUGAAGCCAUUAAGCUGGGAUCAACUGCUAUUGGGUUGAAGACGAAAGAGGGUGUUGUCCUUGCAGUUGAAAAGCGUAUUACUUCACCGCUGCUGGAGCCUAGCAGUGUGGAGAAAAUUAUGGAAAUUGAUGCGCAUAUAGGUUGUGCAAUGAGUGGAUUGAUUGCUGAUGCUCGAACACUUGUUGAGCAUGCACGAGUUGAAACUCAGAAUCAUAGGUUCUCUUACGGUGAACCAAUGACUGUAGAGUCCACAACUCAAGCUCUUUGUGAUCUAGCCUUACGUUUUGGUGAAGGCGAUGAAGAGUCCAUGUCUCGACCAUUUGGAGUGUCUCUCCUCAUUGCAGGCCAUGAUGAGAAUGGACCUAGUCUAUAUUAUACUGAUCCGUCUGGCACAUUUUGGCAAUGCAAUGCAAAAGCCAUUGGUUCAGGAUCAGAAGGUGCUGACAGUUCUCUGCAAGAACAAUACAACAAGGAACUAACUCUUCAAGAAGCUGAGACUAUUGCUUUAUCCAUUCUGAAACAGGUUAUGGAAGAGAAGGUUACUCCCAACAACGUGGACAUUGCCAAGGUUUCUCCAACAUAUCAUCUCUAUACACCCGCUGAGGUGGAAGCUGUGAUAAGUCGCCUAUGAUUUCCUUUAGUGCGAUUUGCUCUCUUCAGCAUUUGUUUCCUAUUCUUCCUGCAUGUACUCCUAUUUACUAGUUUUGCACUGAACCUUUUGUGGUGGAUGUUACUAGCAUUGCUACACGUGUGGCUAAGUUGUACUCUAUAAUAGAUUCUCAUGUCAUAUUUGCUACAUUCAGUCAAGUUGGAAUUGAGGACUAAAGGUUUCAGUGUUUGAGAAAAAACAUUACAUGAGUGCACUCGUCUUUAACUGUGGACAACCACCGUGGUUGCAUAUUUUUGCUAUAUGAUGUCAAGGUGUGGGUGAAAUCUUUAAAACAAAAGCAAACAGAGGUUCAGAAA